UCCCUCUCAUCCUAUCACUGUUGACUUCUCUACCGGAAGUUAUGGACGAACUCUACGCGGGAAACCCAUGUUGUUUUGUCUGUGCAGUCUGCUUGUCAACUGGACUCAGCAGAUAAGUGAAACAGCGGAAAAACAGUAGCAGGAUGAAGGUGAUAACAUGUGAGAUUGCGUGGCACAACAAAGAGCCUGUCUACAGUCUGGACUUCCAACACAACUCAGAGGGCCGCAUACACAGGCUGGCCACGGCAGGAGUGGACACCACUGUCAGGCUGUGGCGUGUGGAGAUGGGGCCUGAUGGGAAGGCAGUGGUGGACUUCCUGUCAAACCUGGCGCGGCACACCAAGGCCGUCAACGUGGUGCGCUUCUGCCCCAACAGCGAGCUGCUCGCCUCUGGAGGAGAUGAUGCAGCCAUCCUGCUGUGGAAGCUAAACGACAGUAAGGAGCCUGAACAGGCCCAAUCGUUCCAGGAGGAGGAGGACAGUCAGCUCAACAAGGAGAGCUGGAGCGUGGUCAAGACCCUGAGGGGACACAUAGAGGAUGUGUAUGAUAUCAGCUGGACCCGGGAUGGGAACUUCAUGGUCUCUGGUUCUGUGGACAACACUGCCAUUAUGUGGGAUGUCACAAAGGGUCAGAAGCUGUGCAUCUUUAACGACCAUAAGAGCUAUGUGCAGGGAGUGACCUGGGACCCGCUGGGCCAGUAUGUGGCCACACUCAGCUGUGACCGGGUGAUGCGUGUGUACAGUACUCAGAGCAGGAGGAAGGCCUACAGUGUCAGUAAGAUGAGCUCUGGAUCAGCUGUUGAGGGAGAGGUGAAACCGUACCGAAUGUUCCAUGACGACAGCAUGAAGUCUUUCUUCAGGCGACUCACCUUCACACCGGACGGAUCCUUUCUGCUUGCCCCAGCGGGGUGUGUGGAGGCAGGGGAGAACGUCACCAACACUACAUACGUCUUCUCCAGGAAGAGCCUCAAGAGGCCCAUAGCUCACCUGCCCUGUCCUGCUAAAGCCACCCUGGCUGUACGCUGUUGCCCUGUCUACUUCGAGCUGAGGACCAAGAAGGGAGAUGAUGGCAGUGCCCAGCCCCUGACCAACAUGUUUGGCUUGCCAUACAGACUGGUGUUUGCUGUGGCAUCAGAGGACUCCAUCUUCAUCUAUGACACUCAGCAAACCCUACCCUUCGGCUACGUGUCCAACAUCCACUACCACACACUCAGCGACCUCACCUGGUCUCGGGACGGUUCUUUCCUGGCGGUGUCUUCUACAGACGGCUACUGCUCCUUCCUUUCCUUCUCUCCUGGUGAGCUGGGCACCCCCCUGAAGGAGCCCCCAGUCCUGGAGGUCGUCACCCCUGGCAAUGGCCCAGAAAAGAAGGGCAAGAAAGCUGCCAUGGCUCGCACGGUGUCCCCCGUCCCUAAAACCACAGAGCGCACCGCCACUGUCCACGCCAUUCCUAAAGAGACCCCCAGCACCUCCCUCACCUCCCAUGCCACCCCCGUCCCUGGGGGUGAGGAGAAUAACAACCCUGGCAAGGCCAAGCCACAGCCCCGUAGGAUCACCCUCAACACCCUGGAGGGAUGGGGCAAGCCCAGCACCCCCAGAGCUAAUUCCCCCAAGAUCCCUACCACAGCCAGCAUCAGCGCCCCCUCCACCCCCCAGCAGCCUCACCUCAUCGCCUCUACCCCCAACACCCGCCUCACCCCCUCUACAGCCCAGCCCUGCCUCACCCCAAAGGCCCAAAGAAACACUCUUGGCCCCAGCACCCCUAAAGCUAGCACCACCCCUAAAGAACCUGUCCCCAGACGGAUAUCUCUGACUCCCGUCGUCUCUAGAUCUCCAGCUGCCUCCUCCACGGAGAAAGCCAAACGUGAACAACCCUCUCCCCCCACCGAACCUGUGUGCCAGCCCCCAGAAUCCAAGCGGCCCAAGACCAGCACCCUGGCAGGCAAGACAGGGGUGGCUCCAGCCUCAAGGGCCACACCCAACCCCUAAGGACCCCUCAUUGCCAAGAACCCUCUGCAGGACAGAGUGGUGUCAACAUGCAACUCGCAUAUUAUCAUCCUACACACACACACACUCUCACAAGUGUCUAGCCGAUAGAACUCCUUAGAGACUGGUGUUGUGACCUAAUUUACACACACACAGAGCAAAGACUGGUGUUUCCUCCUAAUGCAAUUUUCUGUAUAUUUUUGUAAUUUCACAUCCUGAAUUGUUCUGUAGAUCAUUUUAUUGGAUAACCAGGUAGUUAUUUAAGUGAUAAUGCCCGAGAAGCAGUGUUAGCCGUGCCAAUAUAUCCUCUAAACACAGUCUUCGAGGGCAUUAUCAAUUUUAUACAGCAGGUUACCGACAUAUUCAAAUAAGGUUAUUUUCAUGAAUUUAUUCAUGCUAUUUCAUCCUUCCUCAAGAUAUAGUCCCGACACAAAUCUAGGGUUGCUACCCAAGGCGGCUGGUCAUUCGUGCAGUCUUUUUGUUCUGUAUCUAUGCCAUACUGGCUGGCAACGUCCUUAUCCCUUGCUUGCUAACUACCAACUACGGCUACCUUACAGUCACGUCACACAGUGCAGACAGAAUAACAACAGUAGCUGCAUUUGUUUAAGCUGCUUUCUAGUGACAUUUAUUUGGAAACAUCCAUAACAAUGAGCUUAUGAGACAAUGUGUUCUCAUCAGGUCACUGUUGUUCAGAGGAGCUAGCUAAAAACACAGCUACAAUAACUUCAAAAGGAAGCUGGAAAGACUGCAAACUAGCUUUUGUUUCAUUUGACCUUUUUUCAAUUGACAUUUCUUUGUUUGUAUUCAUAAAAAUUAUGCCAGUUGAUUCAUGAUUUCGACUGGCUGAGAAACGCUUGCCUGUCUUUCUCGUCCCGAUCCCCAAAAGUUCAUUACUAUGGGACAGCUGGAGGUUGAAUUUGAAUAUUGAAGCAAAUGUCAGAGAGACAGACAGCAAGGUUCAUACAAAUCUCCAUUGUUGAAAACGAAAUGUUAGUCUAAAAGAAAUGUGAGAAUGUCUAGAUGCUUUUUAAAGUUGAGAAUUUCCCUGCCUGGGCUGAUGAGACGGUGGAUUGCACAUUCAGAUGGAACAGAGUAAAUGGGAAUUUUAACAUCAUAGAUUUAGCCAGUGGUAACUUGUGGAAUAGACACGGGCUGGAAUGCGCUUUUAACCGAUCAGCUUUCAGGAUUAGACCCACCCGUUGUAUAAUUUAAAUUAAAAACUGUGGUUCCAGCCCUGAAUGCUGAUUGGAUGACAGCCAUGGUAUAUCAGACCGUAUACCACGGGUAUGCCAAAACAUUUAUUUUUACUGCUCUAAUUAGGCUGGUAACCAGUUUAUAAUAGCAAUAAGGCAUUUCUGGGGUUUGUGGUAUAUGGCCAAUAUACCACGGCGAUGCGUAGUGCCUAAGAACAGCCCUCAGCUGUAGUAUAUUGGCCAUAUGCCACACCCCCUCAUGCCUUAAUUCUUAAAUAAAAAUGUACCUGGCUAAAAAUAAAGGAUAAGAAACAGAAAGUUACAUAUAAGAUAAAACCACCCCAGUCCAAAUUAUGCUUAGCUCAUGUAUGAAAUUGUACAAUGGUCAUUGACUUUAGUCUGAAUGGUUGUCUGUAGUGGUGUUAUAUUCGGGUUGUUUCUCCUUUUUAUAUGAAUGUUUGUGUAUUGUACUUUUGGGAUUUUGGUAACACUUCAAUGCAGUAAUGCUUGUCUAAAGAAAUACAUGUAUUUGUUACGUCUCUCUAAACAUUCCCAUGAAUGUUCCCAGGACCAAGUGGUAAAUCUAAAAACACUAUGAAAAAUCUGUGAAACCAGGUCUGGUAUUCAUAGCUGACUUUGAAAAGGCCUUUGAUAAAGUAUGACCGGAAUUUAUAAAUGCCGGGACUAUUUUAUUUUGGAUAAUCUCUUAUGCAAUGGGUUAAAGUUAUGUAUAGUAACUCCAGGUGUAAAAUAGUAAAUAAUGGCUACUUCUCAUAAAGUUUUAAACUGUCAAGAGGAGUUAAACAAGGUUGUCCACUAUCGGCAUAUCUAUUUAUUAGAGCCAUCGAAAUGUUAGCUAUUAAAAUCAGAUCCAACCAUUAAUGUCAAGGGGUGAGAAAUCCAGGGAUUAAAAACAAAGGUGUUAUUUACAUUUAAGUCAUUUAGCAGACUGUGUUAUUAUAUGCUGAUGAUUCAUGUUGUCUUUUAACUCUGUAAUGUGGAUCCCUGCACAGUCUCAAAGGAUCUAGAUCAUUUUGCUAAUCUCUGGAUUACAACCAAAUUAUGAUAAAUGCACCAUAUUAUGUAUUGGAUUGCUAAAAUAAUACAACUUUUACAUUACUGUGUAGUUUACCAAUAACAUGGUCUGAUGGAGAAGUGGACAUACUCUAUAUUCAUAUAGAGUAUUGUAGUAAGAAAUUAUCUUACUACAAUACAUUUUAAAAAGUGAGUCAAAAUAGAUAAUCUUACCAUGAAAAGGACAAUACAAAAUUAGACAGGCCUAUUUAUAUAGUGAAUAUGAAUUUGGAGGGCAGAAAUUAUUAAAUAUUAAAUGAUUGGACCUCUCACUACAGGCUUCAGUAAAAAAAAAACGAAAAUUUAAAUUCAAACUGGCUCUCUAGCUGAUUAGUAAGAAUGGCUCACCCCGUGUUCAAUAAUGGCAUUUUUUCCUUUAUUCGGAUUACAACCUCUUACUUUUGGUUAUUUGAAAGUAAAAUCAUCUCUAAAAUAUCGCAUUUAAAAAAAAACAUGCCACAGAAAGCUGGUUGCAAUUUCUGUCUAAUCCACCAGAAAAGAGAACAAAUAUUGUAACAAAUAGUAUGGUUAAACUCAAAUAUACUAAUUGAUAAAAAAUAAAUGGAAAAACAACUUUUAAAAACAGUAUAAUCUUUGUAAAUUAUAUAAAUAGGACUGGUGGAGUUAUGUCACACAUGCAGUUAACAAAAAUAUAUGGAAAUGUGUGCUCUGUCCAAGAUUACAACCAAAUGAUGGCAGCUUUACUACAAAAAUGGAGGCAAGUGGAAGGAGGAGAAGGAACUUGUCUGUUGGCCCUGCAUUAAAGACCAAAAUUGGUUAAAGGAAAUUGUGAUAAAUACAAAAAGUAUACCAGUUCAAUUAAAGGACCCAAAAAAUGACAGUUGAGUCAUACAGGUUGAAAAAUAGUUGGGAAGAGGUUUUCGAUGUAAUGAUUCCAUGGCACGUGGUUUAUGAACUGAUAAAGACUCUGGAUUCAAAACUUUGUUUUUCAGUUUAAAUUGUAACCAACAGAAUGUUUAUAUAUACAGUACCAGUCAAAAGUUGACACACCUACUCAUUAAAAGGUUUUUAUUUAUUUUUACUAUUUUCUACAUUGUAAAGAAGUAGUGAAUACAUCAAAACUAUGAAACAACACAUUCUUGCCUAAAUAUGGACUUGGUCUUUUACCAAAUAGGGCUAUAUUCUGUGUACCACUCCAAAUUGUCACUACACAACUGAUUGGCUCAAAUGCAUUAAGAAGGAAAGAAAUUCCACAAAUGAACUUUUAACAAGGCACAUCUGCGAAUUGAAAUGCAUUCCAGGUUGGAAGCUGGUUGAGAGAAUGCCAAGUGUGUGCAAAGCUGUCAAGGCAAAGGGUGGCUACUUUGAACACUUUUUUUGGUUACUAAAUUAUUCCAUGUGUGUUAUUUCAUAGUUUUGAUGUCUUUUAUGAUUCUACAAUGUAGAAAAUAGUAAAAAUGAAGAAAAACCCUUAAAUGAGCAGGUGUGUCCAAACUUUUGACUGGUACUGUAUAUGGAGGAUACCACCAUCGCAUUUCUGUAGAUUUUGCUGCGAAGAGACAGAAACAUUAGAUUGCAUGUUUUGGUACUGACCAUAUGCAGCUUGUUUAUGGUCGCCGGUUCAGGAAUGGCUGAUAAAUUGCUAAAUUUAUCCAGAGUGAACUCGGCAAAUAGCACUACUGGGUGAUUUGAAAAGUUAUAGUCAAUCGAUCAAUAAUAUAAUAAUAUUCUUAGCAGAAAUAUUUAUUAUUAAUUUAGCAUCUGAGCUAAAUAGGUUAUAUUAUAUAUUUGUAUGUUUCCAAUUCCUGAUGAAUUACUGUUGUGUGUGUGUUUGCUACUAAUCUCCUGUUAAGUGUGUUACCCCCUCUACAGGCCAAUGGAGAAAACAGUUAAAGGCAUACAUGCUCCGAGGCCUACUGGAAGUGACCGGAAUGGCAGCACACGUUCUUUUGACCAUACCAAACCAUGGUUACCAUACUGUUUGUUUCUUUAGUUUUAAUGAUCAGAAUCCGUUUUGUUAGAAUUUUCUUUACAUUUUUAUAUCCAGAAGAAUGACAAAUAAAUGAAUCAAACAUUG